AUGAGUGCCGUACAACAACAUCAAUCGUCGAUUGUUAGUCCUGAAGAAGUAGCAUCAGCAAUGAAUGCUGCAUUUGCCGAAUUUCUUGCUGUCGAACCAGCUGCUGCAGCCGCUGCUCUUCUUAUUCAUCAUCAACAAAAUGUUAAUCCUACAACAUUAAAUGAUUUUCUUAUUAAUGGAACUACGCAUAAUAAUAAUGAUUUAUCAAGAAAUGGUCGACCACCAACACCUUAUGCUGUUACUACGCACACAUACAGUGAUUCACCUUCAUCCUCAAAUUCAUCAUCGUCUACAACGACAAAUUCAACAACAACAACAACUUUACCACGUUAUAAAACUCUACUUGAUAAAUUUACUCCAACAAUACCUUCAUCUUUACCUACAAAUGAUCAACAGUCAACAACUAUAACUACUGCUUCGUCAAUUGUAUCAAAUAGUAAUACUCUCAUUCGUAAUUAUUAUGAAAAUUUAUGUAAUAAUUCCUCAGCAUCAAAUUCAGUAACAUCUUCAACGUCAACAAAUAAUCGAAAAAAACGUUCUAUAUCAAAUGAAUACGAUUUUUCAUCAACAAAUUCAACAAUAAAUGAUGGUCGUAGUUUACCGAAACGAUUUCGUCCAAUACAAACAACAACAACAGUAUCUUCUCGUCAAUUACAAGUUCAAGAAUGUUCAUCAGAUGAUGAUGAUAAUGAUACAUUUAAUAAUUCUACUCGACGAUUUUUAUCAUCAGCAUCAACAACAAAUAAUGAUUUGGCAUCAUCACGUGCUACCGCUGCAGCAUGUAUUGCUGCUGCUGUUACAGCUUCACUUUAUGAUGAAUCAAAUGGAAUGGAUACACAAAGACGACAAACAACAACAACAACAACAACAGUGACAGCAAGUGUUGAAUCAAGUGAUGAUAGUGAUGAAGAAGAUGAUGACGACGAUGAUGACGAUGAUGAUGAUGAAGAAGAUCCAUCAAAUACUUUAUUUAGUCAAGGACCUUCGACAUCAUUAUUAUCGAAUAGUAAUAGUAUCAUUGUUGAUCAAACAAAACAAGAUUCAUUGUUACCGUCAAAUAUAACAACAAAUACGAAUCAUUUUCGAUCUACUCAUCAUCAACAACAAUCAAGACCGAUAACUUAUUAUCCAACACUUUAUUCUAAUCAACAACAGUAUCAACAUCAACAGCAACAACAACAGCAGCAGCAGCAACAACAACAACAACAACAAACAAUGGUGAUAACACCAACAGUGCCUCCAACCUAUCCUCGACAACUUCUAUCAUCUCGAAGACAUCCUUUACCUACACCAAUUCCAACUAAUUCUUCAUGUUCAUGUUCUCAUCGUACUCCUAAUACGUCCACAGUAGUGACACCGUCAAAUGGAUCAAAUUCAGCUACAUCUAUAUCGCCUUUUAUUGUUUAUCCUCCUAAUCAAACACCGAACGUUAUACCAACAUUAACUGCAACAACUCAACAAACUGUUGCUCUUGCUGCUGCUGCUGCCAGUGCUGUUGCUCUUGCUUCACUACCGCAACCUCCACCCGUUCAACAUCUUCAUUUUCAUCAUCAUCAUCAUAAUCAUAAUCCAGCUCAUUUACGUCAUCAAUAUCGUCAAUACUUAACAUCUGAAUUACGUCGUCAACGUCUUAGUUCAUUUCAACAUCAAGCAUCACCAACAAUUUCAUCACCAACCACAACAAUACUUACUGCUAAUCAACAAUUACAUGCUAUUCUUACACAUCCAACAGCAGCAACAACAACAACAAAUAAUAAUAUUCAUGCUCAUUUAACAAUUCAACCAGCAACAACGGCAACAUCAUCAACUAAUACAUAUAAUUUGACAUUAGGUACAAAUAAUCCUAGUAUGCAUGUUGCAAUAAAUACUACAACACAAAAUAAUCAAUGGCCAUCAACUCCUUUAUUAUUUCGUCCAUUUCGUAAUCCACUUCUUCUACGUAGUCAUCAUCAUCAUCACCAUCAUCAUCCAUUUUUAAAUAGUGAACGUGCUGAACAUGUUGUGGAAGAAUUAUUACGUAUGGAAGAGCAAUUAAAUGGUUUAAAUAAUGGUGGCAAUAUAGGUGCAAAUCAAGAACAUAUUAAUGCUCGAACAUUAUCAUAUAAAUAUGAAAAACGAACGAUUUUAACUGAUGAAAAAUGUACUAUAUGUUUAUGUGAAUUUGAUCAUAAUGAUGAUGUACGCCGUUUACCAUGUAUGCACCUAUUUCAUAUUGAAUGUGUUGAUAGAUGGUUAACUCAAAGUAAACGAUGUCCAAUAUGUCGUAUUGAUAUUGAUUUUCGAGGAGAUUUUGGAGAUUAUGUUUGUUAA